GUCGACUCUGUGUUUGUUUUGAUGCUUCCUUCAUGAUCCACAACAACAAGCAAGAAAUAACCUGACCAUCUCCAUCCCCUUCUUGCAGGUCGGUUGAUAUCAGAAUCUCCGACUAUGGCGCUCCCUCUUCCUCCAGUCCAGUCUGUCGCAGACUGUGCCUCUUUCAACCAUACUGUUCUCCCAUUCCUGUCCCAGUUGACGACGCUUCCUGUGAAGCUUCAAGAGGCAGGCAAGGAUGUGGACGCUUUGAAGGCAAUCUAUCUCGCCACGAAUCCUUUUGUGACUGCUCUUGCAUUCUGUUUUGCCCUGGCUGGAUUUCUAUGUAUCUUUUCUGAGAUCAACCGAAACUGGUCCCAAGUGGACAGAUUCUGGAGUCUUUUGCCAUCUAUUUACAAUGUGCAUUUCGCUGUCUGGGCGCGCUUGUCCGGCAUCGAGUCCCACAGUCUGGAUACGAUCGCCGCCAUCAGUCUCAUCUGGAGUAUUCGAUUGACCUACAACUAUUGGCGCAAGGGAGGUUACAAAAUUGGCUCGGAAGAUUAUCGCUGGCAGAUCGUUCGCUCCAAGGUCAACAACAGAUUUGUCUUUUCCCUCUUCAACAUUGUCUUCAUCUCCCUGGCGCAAUCCCUGCUGCUCCUUUUGAUUACCGCUCCGACAUACAUCUUCCUUCUUCUGUCGCAAGUUAAAGACCAGGAGCCGUUCGGUAUCCCCGAUCUGGUUUUCUCCCGUGUCGCCUUUUUCUUUAUCGUCAUUGAAACUUUCGCCGACCAGCAGCAGUGGAACUUCCAGAAUGCCAAGAAAGAGUAUCAAAAGACAGCCCGUAUCCCCGAUCAAUAUAAGGGACAGUCGACCCCUGAGGACUUGGAGCGCGGCUUUGUUGUCAGCGGUCUUUGGUCCCUGUCUCGCCACCCCAACUUUCUCUCAGAGCAGGCCAUCUGGCUCAGCCUGUACCUGUGGAGCUGUUACCGAACCGAAACCUAUGCGCAGUGGACCGGCAUCGGUGCUGUGGGCAUUCUGCUUAUCUUCCAGGGCAGCACAAGACUCACCGAGUCAAUCAGUGCCAGCAAGUACCCCGAGUACACUGAGUACCAGGCUCGUGUCGGUCGUUUCAUUCCCAGAUUCUCUGUUAAGCCCAAGUACAAGGGUAGCUCUAAGAAGAGAAAAACCCGCCGGUCAGAGGACAAGCAGCCAGAAGCCGAACAGACCAUCGAGCAGGACGGAAAGAAGAGCCAGUGAAAAAAGGGAGGUGGAAGAAUGGAGUAAAUUUAUUUCAACUUAUCUUAACAUAAUUGAUUUAACCUGUAUUAUCUAGAAACUUUUCAAUAUAUAUGUCAAAUAGUUAUUUAACAAUCUAUUUAAUUUGCUUU